UCUCAGUGGAAUGGGCUGGGAUACUUGACAACAACAAGGUGCGGGCUGAGAAGAAGAAGGGCCGCGGAGCCACCAGAUAGGCCCAGGCCCGUUAGAGCCCAUGGAGUGGGCGCUCUGAAAACCCUAAACCCUCCCCCUUUUUAUCUCCCCCCACCCAGCCGCCGUUUCCCAUCCUCCUCCUUCGCUCUUCUUCUUCUCCUCCUCCUCGUCAAUCAAGUAAAGAAAGCAGCAAGUAGAAAUCCAUGGCGGCGGCCAAGAACCCCAAGGUCUUCUUCGACAUCCUCAUCGGCCAGGCCAAGGCGGGGCGGGUGGUCAUGGAGCUCUACGCCGACAAGGUGCCCAGGACGGCGGCCAACUUCCGGCAGCUCUGCACGGGCGAGAAGGGCCUGGGCGCCAGCGGCAAGCCGCUCCACUACAAGGGCUCGGCCUUCCACCGCAUCAUCCCGGGCUUCAUGUGCCAGGGCGGCGACUUCACCCGCGGCAACGGCACCGGCGGCGAGUCGGUCUACGGCGCCAAGUUCGCCGACGAGAACUUCCUCCUCCGCCACACGGGCCCCGGCGUGCUCUCCAUGGCCAACGCAGGGCCCGGCACCAACGGCUCCCAGUUCUUCAUCUGCACCGCCAAGACGCCCUGGCUCGACGGCAAGCACGUCGUGUUCGGGCAGGUCGUGGACGGGUACGGCGUCGUGGAGAAGAUGGAGGCCGUCGGGUCGUCCGGCGGCUCCACCGCCCAGCCCGUCGUCAUCGAGGACUGCGGCCAGCUCCCCGACGACCACUGCUGAUCUCAUGAUUCAUUCAGCCUUGUUUUUUUUUUUACUUGCUACGUACUACUGAAGCUGAGACGGUUAAUAUGGAGGGAUCCGAUGGAGGGACUAGUUUGUUUGUUUAGGUGUGUGCGUUGUGCGUGCGUGUAAUUGACUGAAUGAAUGAAUAAAUUUACAGAUUCAGUUUGAUCAA